AGCUUGGGGGAAGCGGGGGUUGCUUAUUUGGAAAUCGCCAGUACUGCUCUUUUGUAAGUCAGAAGGCAAUAGAACAACAAAGGCAGCUCCUGUGUGCAAAACACCCGAAAAACCAUAAAGGACAGAAUUAAAGCAAUGAAAGCAAACUCAUAAAGUUCAGAAGAAUGGGUUACAUAAUAGUCAAGGCUGACUAUCAUUGCCUGCUGGAAUUUCAGGGCAAACAAACAGGUGCUUGCCUGGCACUGAAAUGUCAUAGCUGAUGCCUGGCAAGCCUUCCUGAGGAGGGUCUUCCCUAGUGAGCCCCCUCCCAUGACUCAAAAGGCCCCCUCCCUGUUCCCCACUCACUUAAGGCUUUGCACCAGGGAGGCUUGGCCUUGAGGCUGGCUGCUGGGAUGAAAGGUGACCCUCCAGGGACCAGAGUGACCCCCUAAGGCAGGGGUUCCCAACAAAAUUUUCUCGAGGACCCCUCAUCGAGCCGCUAUUGUGACAAGGACCCCCAUUAAUUGACUUACUUGCUUGAACAUCAAAUGCAUUAUCUUCCUCUUCAUCUGUAGGCCUUUGUCGUUUUAACGAACCACUUUUUAACCAACGGUCCAUUUUUAACUACGCAAACUGUAGCUUCCGCGAAAAACAACGCUUUGUUUACAAACACUACUGUUUUGCAAAGAGGCAGCGCGCGCCAGGGAGGAGGGAGAGGAAUGGAGAAGACAGGGUACCUGCGCAGUAGCGCACAAAUGAAGCCGACACGCGCAAAGCAUCUUGGGGAGGUGAGCGUUUAGAAUGCGCGCGCUGCCUCUUUGCAAAACAGUAGUGUUUGUAAAGCGCCACCUAACGGCAUACAGCAGAACUACUGCCUCUAUCUAAUUCUAGUUUUGCGCUAGACUCUGCUCAUGCAGGAAGCGGCUAAAACAAAAAAUCUGUUAUCAUACAAAAUAAAUUUAAUAUAUUUUUUAUUCUAAUAGCAUCUUGCGGACCCCUCUGGCAUAGCUCGCGGACCCCUGGGGGUCCCCGGACCACCUGUUGGGAACCACUGCCCUAAGCGUCAGCAGGAGAGGCAUGGAUCCUGCCCGCAGGAGGCCCGCGUUGCUCAACCCUUUACAAACAAGAUGAGGGCUUAGCCUAACUGGACCUUUUUGGACAUUUUCAUGGUGAACGCCAGAAUGGAGCCUCCUGCAUCCUCCAGUCCUUCGGACCUAAUAGACUUUCUGACUGAUUUAGGAAUAAGAGACGUGACCUGUGAAACUGGAGACAGCUUAGGAGGGGCGGGUGGCCUGCUGGCACCUUCAGAAACCCCCCAGACUGAAACCAUGACUCCCCUUCCAUUCUUGGGCCUGGAAGACAUAGACCUCCUCAUGGGUAGCUUGGAGGGCGUGGGCUGGAGCAGAGGUGAAACGUCCUCCGAAAAGCCUUCCCCACUGCUGGCUCAGAGCCGUGCUGAGGAAUUCCACCCUGGAACUUGCCCUGCUUCAGAGGGCCUGGAGAUUGUGCAGCCUAGGAGGGAAGCAUCUCAGCAGCCACCGGAAAAUCCGAAGAGCCUGGACGACGGCAGCAAUGAUGCCACAAAUGCUCUCUUCUGGGCCAGCAUUCUUCAAGCCGAGCGCUGCGUCCUGGACCUGCAAGGGGAGAUUGACCGGCAGAAGGAGCCACUUAGGAGUUCCUCCCUUAGCCCUGAGCAGGUGCUGGGGACGCCCCCCUUGCAGGACUCAGCCACUUCCCAUGGGCCUUUGCUCCUGGAGAGCGAUAGUGGGGAGGAGCCGGAGGAGGACUCGGAGAGGCAGGAGGAGGAGGAGGAGGAUGAAGGCUCGCUGGAAGAGGAGGAGGAGGAGGUAGAAUGUUUGUUUUACGACAACCCGCUCUUUUGCGCAAGUCCAAGCACCACCAGCUCCGAAGGACCAGCUCUCUUGGGCCAUAUGGAAGAAAAGCCCUUCAAGGAAGAUGGGGAAGGAAUCCCCACCUGUGGUCUGACCUCUAGGGAUUGUGCCCACGGCCUGCCAUGCCAGACAGGUGUGGCAAUGAGCCUUGCGGCCACGGACUCCAAGCCUGCGCCUGAGCCAGAUCCUGGCGGUGACCCGUCCCCAGCCCCUUACCCAAGCUACGUGCCUCAUUACCGCUCCUUGUCUCCCCUGGUGAUCACAGAAGGGGAGCUGGAAAGUGCCUGCGCUGUGGAAGAGGAGGACAGGGAGCUGCCUCAUUGCCUUGCUCCCUUGUCGGACGCAUCAAAGGAGGUCCAAGGCUUCUUCCCAGACCAGUCGGACCACACCCCCUCCAGCAGUGAUUUGGACCGGAUGACUCCCCCAGGUGUUGACUUGCCAGCCCAGGAAGGCCUGCUGUUUUCUGUCUGCAGCACCUCCCUGGUGACUGCUUUGCUGCAAGAGCCUCUGGAGAGCCACCCUGCCCCAGAGCCUCCGUCUCCUGCAGAGAUCAGCUGGGCUUCUUCCAGCUUCCGGGUCCUCUCUGCUCCUGCUGCAGAGCAGGAGGAGCACAAGCCACAAGCCCCAUCCCGUGGCCACCCAUUGCCUUCUUGCGCAUGGGUGGAGGAGCCCAGAAGGACUUCCUGCCUGCAGGAGGAAGUUGCUGCGGCAGAUUUGCACUUGGCCUCCCUCGGUGGUGCGGAAGGGAAGCUGGAGAGCUCAGCAGAGGGUCUCGAGAUGGUGCCCGUCAAGGAUGGAGAUGAAACCUUGGAAGAGGACGAGGUGGAGGAGGAAGAAGAAGAAGAGACACCGACCGUACACCGCCCUGAAGAGCCACCCUCUGGGAAGGGCACCGACUCAGGGGAGGAGACACCACCCGCCAAGGAGCAGGCAGAGCCCAACGGCAUCCUCCACGCCAACGGCAGCGCCCCCCCUGCAGACCAGGCUGCCGCAAUGAGGCUGGCAACGCGGCUCUACCACCUGGAUGGCUUCAAGAGGUCGCAGGUGGCCUCUUUUCUCCGGAAGAACAAUGAUUUCAGCCGGCUGGUGAGAGAAGCUUACCUCUCUUUCUUCCAAUUCAGUGGACAGACUCUGGACCAAGCGCUGAGGUCCUUCCUGAAGGCAUUUGUGCUCACUGGGGAGACUCAGGAGCGGGAGCGGAUCCUGCGGCAUUUCUCCCAGCGCUAUCACAGCUGCAAUCCCGAGGUCUGCUUCAGCCCAGAUGCUGUGCACACCCUCACCUGUGCCAUCAUGCUCCUCAACACUGACCUGCAUGGGCAGAAUAUCGGGCGGAGCAUGACCUGCCAGGCUUUCCUCGCCAACCUCGACGGGCUGAACGAUGGCAGGAACUUCCCCAAAGAUCAGCUGAAGGAGCUAUAUCAUUCCAUCCGCCAAGAGAAACUGGAAUGGGCUGCGGAUGAAGAGGAGGAGGAGGAGAAGUCGUCCGGUGCCAUGCUGCUCUCGCCCUCAGCAUCCGGCCAGAAGAAAGCCAACCCUUUCCUGACUCUGUCGCACGACCCCGAGGCGAAAACCUACCGGCAGGGCCUACUGGCGCGCAAGGUCCACGCGGAGGCCGACGGCAAGAAGACGCCCUGGGGCAAGAGAGGCUGGAAGAUGUUUCAUACGGUGCUGAAGGGGGUGGUCCUCUACUUCUCCAAGGAUGAGAGCCGGCCAGACGCCUCUGCCUCAGAGGAGCCCAUUGGGGUGCACCACGCCUUGGCCGAGAAGGCCAGCAAGUAUACCAAGCGGCCCCAUGUCUUCCGGUUGCAGACGGCCGACUGGCGCAUCUUCCUCUUCCAAGCCCCGACCGCGGCGGAAAUGAGUUCCUGGGUUUCCCGCAUAAACCUGGUGGCUGCCAUGUUCUCCUCGCCACCCUUCCCAGCAGCUGUGGGCUCCCAGAGGAAGUUCAUCCGGCCGGUUCUGCCGACGGCACCUUCCAAGAACUCCCUGGAGGAGCAGCACUUUUCCCAUGAAUCCUGGAUGGACCAGGUGUCAGACGACCUCUUGGACCACCAGCGGAACCUGCCCAGCAAGCGGGGCCGGGGCCGGGACCUGGAAGAGUAUCAACUCAAGAAGGAAUAUUUGCUCUACGAGAAGCGCCGCUACGAGACCUACGUGAGGCUGCUGGAGGUGAAGCUGGCCGGCGAAGACACGGAGGACCUUGAGCAGUGGGAGGUCCGGCUGGGGGAGUCGGGCGAGUUGCCGGCCGAGGAGGGCUGCUCGCCCCUGCAGAAGUCCCACUCCAGCCCCUCCCUGAACGUGGACGGGCUGCCUGCGGGGGUCAAGGUGAAGCGGAACAUUUCCGAGCGCCGGACAGUACGCAAAAUCAUCCCCAGGCGCAACAAGCACUUGCUGUGAGGGGCCCCCACCCUCCAGUGCUGCUGUCGCCGCCCUCGCUGGCUUUGGGACACCCUUCUCUCUUUCCCUCACCCAUCCCUUUGGGUGUCGGCCUUCGAAGCCCAAAGUGGACACACGGUACGAAAUGAGGAGCGCUGCUUUCUGAAUCAGCACUUGCAGUAUUUGGACUCCAGGUGGCGCAACGUCUCAAGAAAUGGAUGGGCAGAGACUGUUGGGAGGGGGGGUGCUGUCCUGGGCAGCCUCUGCACAUUCUCCAGGGCAUUGCUCACACCACCCGCCUUCAACGCAGAGACUCAGGGAAGUGUCCUGCCUGCUGCUGCUGGGCUCCACUGGGCUCAGCCUUCUGCUGCCUUAACCCCCGUCCCCGUCCCUCGUGCCUCAAUCGCUGCCACUGGGGCAGCUGUGACCUUUGUGCAAUAAACGGAGAUAUGCAGGGACUCAGCCUGGAUGUUGAGGGCCGGUGGGGAAGCGGAGCAGCUCCCGGGACCCUUUUGCCCCAGAGAGAGAGAGAGGGUGCCUGGGGAGAAUUGAAGGCCUCUCACGCUUCUCACCCCAAAACUCCUAAUACAGUGGAACCUCAGCUCCCGAACGCCUUGGGAGCCCAACGUUCCGGUUCCCGAACGAUCAAAAACCGGAAGUGGUUGCUCCAGUUUUUGAACGUUAUUUGGAAGCUGAACGUCCGGCGUGGCUUCCACAGCUUCCGAUUGGCUGCAGGAAGCUCCUGCAGCCAAUCGGAAGCCUCACCUUGGUUCCCGAACGGUUUUGGGAAUCGAAUGGACUCCUGGAAAUGAUUAAGAUUCCACUGUAACUGAUCCCAGUGGCUUCAUGUAGAUACCAAAUAGAACUGUGAAUAGUCCCCCCACAGCGCCCCAUAGCAGAGCUGCCAGGGGCCCCAAAGGCACUAUCCCAGUCCUCCUCUCUGGACUCUGCCCUGAAGGUAGGAUCGGAGCAAGGUCGCUCUCUCCUCUUGUCCCACUCUCUGCAGAAGUCAUCCAUCAGGGUGACCAAGGCUGACUUGGUUCCGUGGCCAGAUCCGGAGCCAGAUUGGAAUGGAUCUAAAUAACUGGUGUCCUCCAUGAAUGUUUGCAGCUGCCCCACCCCUUCCC